AUGGCCGGGAUGAUGCAGGGCGCCGUGGAGUCGCUGCUAGUGCGGCUGACCGCCCUCCUCAUCGGCGAGGCUCAGCUGCCGGGCCGCGUCCGCGGCGACGUGCAGUUCAUCAAGGACGAGAUGGAGAGCAUGAACAGUGUGCUCAUGCACCUCACCGACGCCCAGCACCGCGCCCACCACGUCCGCACCUGGAUGAAGCAGGUCGUCGGCCUCGCCCGAGAAUGCGAGGGCUACGUCGACCUCUACGUCCGCCGUGUCGGAGCCCCUGCUGGUGAACGAAGCGCUGCCAACGGCCUCCUGCGGUACUUGCGGCGGCUCCUCCGGCUGCUGCGAACCGUUCCGGCUCGGCACCAGGUGGCCACACGGAUCCGGGAGCUCAAGGUCCGGGCGCGGGACGUCACACUGGAAGAUCAAGCAGAGCUCAUCUUCGACACGCUAGUCGGUCGAGGGUUUGUUCGUCCAGGAGAGACCAGCACCGCAGGCAAGAUCAAGAGCUGCACAGUACAUCCUAUAGUUCACGAGUUCAUUGCCACAUAUGUAAGCUUCGGGGACACAUGUUUGCCGCCUGAUGUGGCUCACCGCCUUCCCAUUAACAGUGGGAUAACACUACAACAUGCAUCAAAUUUUGACCAUCCCUUUGGUAGCAUCCUAACUCUUAUCGAAUCUAUGCAUGGAUCUUACGAAUGGAAGAUCUUGAAGGUGCUGGAUCUUGAAGGCUGCGCAGGCUUGAAGAAGAAGCAUCUCAAGAAUAUUUGCAAGGUACUACUCCUCAGGUACUUGAGUCUCAGGAACACAGAUGUUACCGGACUACCCAAGCAGAUUGAGAAGCUGCAGUGCUUGGAGACGUUGGACAUCCGGCAAACAGCAAUAAGGGCAUUCUCCACAAAAUCUGUAACGCUACCGAUGCUAAAACACUUGCUCUCAGGCCACACAAACUCUCCAAGCGACAACUCUGAUAGGUUUGCAGUUUCAUUUGAGGCAGUGCGCCUUCCCAGUGGCAUUCGAAGAAUGAAACAACUGGAGAUAUUAUCCCAUGUUGAAGUUUCCAACAAUGUCAACGACUUAACUGACAUCAGCCAGUUGCUGCAACUGAAAAAAUUGGGUGUGAUCCUCCACGGUAAGAUAGGUGGCUUGAAACUUCUGUUCCAACAGAUUGAGAAACUGUACCUACGCUCCUUGUCAAUCCGGGUCAACCAACCGAUCAGAAGUGAGAGUGCUCCUGAUGCAGAGGUGGUGCCUGCUUUAGUCAAUCCUCCAAAACUUCUUGAGAGCCUGAACAUCAGUGGUAUCGCAGCUGGACUUCCCAGCUGGACUGCAGAUCUCAAUCAGCUUUCCAAGAUAACAUUGCGGGAGACUUCCCUGGGGCCAGAUGAUAUAGACAUACUUGGCAAGUUAAGAAUGCUGCGGUGCCUUAGACUUCUGCACAAGUCAUGCACUGAAAGGACGCUCAACUUCAAGGCAGAAGAAUUCCAGCGCCUCAGGUCAGUGGUUGUUGAGGGCAGUGACAUCACCAACAUCAGUUUUGACACUGAAGCAGCUCCUAAGCUUGAGAUUAUCGUCUGGUCUUUUACCACCAUGGAGGCUCUUUCUGGAGUGGACCACCUCCCUAGGUUGAAGAAGCUGGAGCUCAACGGUGACUGCAACCUGGAACCUGUGAGAGCAGCAAUUAAAAAGCAUCCUAACAAUCCUGAUCUAGAGCAUAACCCACACCAUCAACGCCAAGAAGUCGGAACGGCGAUGGCAGCCUCGUCCUCAUCAUCUUAAGCUCGCAUCGGUAUUUCUCGUUUGAUAUCUUCGAAUAAGGAUACAGCUGAAGGGAAAGCCGGGCCAUCUCCUUUCAGCAUGUAUGCCAUGUGUUUGGUUUAAUUAUCUGUACUAUCUGGAUUUGUACUUUGUUUUUAUGUAUGCGUGUCUAUGUGUGCGAGUGUGAACUGCCCUAGCUGCACUCUAUGGUAUUCGGUGAGGAAUAGGAUUUGCGUGUAUUCAUCACGAACUACUUUGUGUAUUGAACUCAUUUGAUUCUUAAUCGAUGUCGAGUUUGUGAUCUACAUACAGAUUGACAAAAGAAACUACUAUCUAUUCUCUGUUAGCUUGGUUCUGUAGAAUGUAUGUUUACUUUGCUGUCUUGUUGAGUGCAGUUGGUGGUCAGUGACUGGAAUGUUGACACCCCCUCUUUUCUCUGUUAGAUUUAUGUGAUCUUCCUUUCAAGACACUUCAACAAUUCCACUUGUUCCUAGUAACCUCGUUCAAACUGUCUCUGCUAUAAUUUUGUUAAGUGAUGCUGAAUAAGUCUGUGUGCUUGUGACGAAUGGAAGAACAAAACUGAUGC